UCGCUUUCGAAUACAAUCAGAGAGCGAUAUCUUUCUAUCAACAAACACUUCCUCCCUCACGGCUGUAGAGGAUUCCUUCUUGAGAUCCCGACAAUCGGACCCCAGAAUCAAAGCACGCAAUAGCUGGUGAUCCGUCUCCGUAGCAAUUUUCAGUGCUGUUCCUCGACUCUACAACACCGCAAUCAUGGUUCAAUCAUCGAUUCUCGGUUUCCCUCGCAUGGGUGUCAAUCGUGAUCUGAAGAAGGCUACUGAAGCAUACUGGGCCGGCAAGAUCUCGCAAGCAGAUCUUCUUGCUGAGGCCAAGAGACUGCGCCUCGAGCACUGGAACAUCCAGAAGAAGGCGGGUGUCGACGUCAUUCCCAGCAACGACUUCGCUCUCUACGAUCAAGUUCUCCACCAGAUCCAGGACUUCGGUGCCGCACCACCAAAAUAUACCUCCCACGGCCUCAACCCCGUCGAUGAAUACUUUGCUAUGGGACGUGGUCACCAAAAGAAUGGCAUCGACGUACCCAGUUUGGAGAUGGUAAAAUGGUUCGACUCGAACUACCACUAUGUCAAGCCAACUCUACAAGAUAAUCAGGAGUUCAAGCUCACUGCCAACCCCAAGGCAGUCUCUGAUUUCGAGGAGGCCAAAGCUGCCGGUAUCAUUACCCGUCCUGUCCUCAUCGGCCCCGUCUCGUUCCUUCACCUUGGAAAGGCCGAUCGUGACCAAACUGUUCAGCCAAUCGACUUGCUCGAGAAGCUCAUCCCAGUUUACGUUGAGCUUUUGACCAAACUCAAGGCUGCUGGUGCCGAGACCGUCCAGAUUGAUGAGCCAACUCUCGUCUACGAUCUCCCAGCUAAGACGAAGGCUGCAUUCAAGCCAGCUUACGAAAAGUUCGCUGCUCUCGGAGACAAGAUCCCAAAGAUUGUCUUCGCUACUUACUUCGGUGACAUUGUUCACAACAUCGAAGUCCUCCCCAAAGAUGUCUACGCUGUUCACGUUGACCUUGUCCGCAACCCAGAGCAACUCGACACUGUGAUCAGUGCAUUGGGCUCAAAGACUGUUCUCUCUGCUGGUGUCGUCGAUGGACGAAACAUCUGGAAGACCAACCUGAAGCGUGCUAUUGAGACUGUGGAGACUGCCAUCCAAAAUCUCGGCAAAGACCGUGUCAUUGUUGCCACCUCUAGCUCUCUUCUCCACACCCCACACACUCUCGCAAGCGAGAAGAAGCUUGAUCCUGAAAUCGCCGAUUGGUUCUCUUUUGCUUGCGAAAAGGCUGUUGAGGUUUCUGUGAUUGCUAAGGCUGUCACUGAGGGCCCAGCGUCUGUUCGUGAGCAACUUGAGGCGAACGCAAAGUCGAUCCAGUCCCGUGCAACAUCCAAGCGCACCAACGACCCUGCUGUCAAGACCCGCCAAUCUAAGAUCACCCCCGACAUGUACAACAGAAGAUCCGAAUUCCCAACCCGUAUCGCCGAGCAACAACGAACUCUCGGACUUCCUCUCUUCCCAACUACCACUAUUGGCUCUUUCCCUCAAACCAAGGAGAUCCGUAUCCAACGUAACAAGUUCACCAAGGGUGAGAUUACUGCUGGGGAGUACGAGAAGUUCAUCGAGAAGGAGAUUCAAGACGUUGUCAAGAUUCAAGAGGAGCUUGAUCUCGAUGUCUACGUCCACGGUGAACCCGAGCGAAACGACAUGGUGCAAUACUUCGGCGAGCGUCUUGAUGGUUAUGCCUUCACCACCCAUGCCUGGGUUCAAUCUUACGGUUCCCGAUGCGUCCGACCUCCUAUCGUUGUUGGUGACAUCUCCCGACCAGCACCAAUGACAGUUAAGGAAUCGAAGUACGCUGUCUCUAUCUCCAAGAAGCCAAUGAAGGGCAUGUUGACUGGUCCCAUCACAUGUCUCCGAUGGUCUUUCCCUCGUGAUGACGUCCACCAAUCUGUCCAAGCCGAACAACUUGCCCUCGCUCUGCGUGAUGAAGUUGUUGACCUUGAGGCUGCUGGUGUCUACGUCAUCCAAGUCGAUGAGCCAGCUCUUCGAGAAGGUCUUCCUCUCCGUGCUGGCAAGGAACGUGAGGCUUACCUGAAGUGGGCUGUUGAGUCAUUCCGUCUGUCCGUCUCUGGUGUUAAGGACUCUACCCAAAUCCACUCUCACUUCUGCUACUCCGAAUUCCAAGACUUCUUCCACGCCAUUGCGGCUCUCGACGCUGAUGUCCUCUCCAUUGAGAACAGCAAGUCAGAUGCCAAGCUCCUCAAAGUCUUCGUCGAUGAGGUUUACCCUCGCCACAUCGGUCCCGGUGUUUACGACAUCCACUCUCCUCGUGUUCCCAGCGAGCAAGAGAUCAAGGACAGAAUCGAUGAGAUGUUAGUCUACCUCAAGCCAGAACAACUCUGGAUCAACCCUGACUGUGGUCUCAAGACCCGUCAAUGGGCUGAGACCAAAGCUGCGCUCAUCAACAUGGUCAACGCCGCCAAAUUCUACCGCCAAAAGUAUGCUUCCACCAAGUAAAUAAUACCAUUUUUUAUUUCAUUUCAUUUGUCUGGAGAUGAUAGCGGGCGAAGCGGAUGACUUUAUGACUUCAACGAUCUCAACAUCGGCGUUCAUGGGCAUAAAGACAAAAGCUAUUCUGGGGGCGACAUAAAUUGGGGGUUCAA